CAAGUUGGGUGAAAGUGCAGUGUGCAAAUGUACUUUUGGGAGAGCGUGUAUAUAGUGAACUUGUGCUUCAUUCCUCAGGUUGAUGACCUCCUCUGUCAAACAGGAAAAAGCUGACCAGGGGCCAAUUAGCAGAAUAGCAAACUGUGUUAGUUAAUCCUACAUGGCACAGGGGAGAUAAAUACAGUCCCCUUAGGGCACAUGAUCUAAAGUUCACUCUGUGUACUGUCACUGCAAGUAUGAGCAAAGGGCGCCUGCAGCUUAUUCAGCAGCAUCUACAAGGGACAACGGAAAGAAAUCAGGUAAUGUCUGCAGGUAGCGCCAGUCAGCUAACGACACAUGUCCUGAACGUUGCAGAGGGGAUCCCUGCUAAGGGACUAACAAUGACCCUAUCAAGGCAUGAUGUCACUCAGGGGAAAUGGGUGCAAAUGAGUAGAAGUGUCACUAAUGAAGAUGGUCGCUGCCCAGGGCUCUUGCGUGGGGAGGCCCUAUGUGCAGGCACUUACCAACUGUGUUUUGAUACUGGGGACUACUGGAAGCAAAUGCACAAGGAAAGCUUUUACCCUUAUGUUGAGGAUGUUAUUUCCGGUUUGGCGGUCUCUUGACAAAGCCGCAGGUAGCGGCGAAACAGCUGUCGAGGCACAGCGCUGCAAGGGGAACUUUGAAAUCCCGCUUCCCUUCUCUCCUCUUGAGGAUAAUGCGCAAUAGAGGAACAAGUGAUUGUGAACUUCGGAUGUGAGUAUGGAGCGUUGAGCAUUCGGUGUAGGAGGUAAUCCACUACGGUCAGUAAUUUUUCUGUCUUUGAUCAGCGGUCUGCUGCAGUGUGGUUGGACGAUUAUGACAGCAUAGCGAUUGCUAUACCACCAAAGUAUUGGGAUCUGGAUGCCCAUUGGAUACACAUAAGCGAUUCCCUCCUUUUCAGCGCUUUAUUUUCCUAUCAUAUAGCCUGAACUAUUCUGGGCAAUAAAUGUUUAACCCCACACCGGCUCCACCCUCACAUACCGUUAUACAUUAUACCACCUAUUAAUUUUACUGGAUCAAUCAUCUCUUCCGCCACUAAACUGAGUACUCUAUUGGCGAUUUAUACUACAGAUGCGAUGAUGUAUCGCUUUUCAUUUCUGAUGAACAUUUGACUACGGAUCUUUCCAGAUUGAUGUUCCGUGCACCUGAUUAAAAGUUUGUUACAACUGAAACAAUUGGAGGCCUCCAUUCACAGCGUGCACGCAGCCUCUCUCACUGCAUUGUAUCUAAUAGUAACUAAAUAGGGAUAAUGGGAUUCUUACCCCCAAGCAGCGCAGCUUAUUUUAAAUGGUUUUAGUAAUUUUGGCAUGGUGAAAAUAAAUAUUGCUUUUUAACAUCAUA